UUUGACUAAAAAAUCCAAAAGAAUCCUCUAAGAUAAGCCGGUGGCCAUACGCCGGCUCGCCCCCACAACUGAUGGGAUAACGGACAGCAUGAAUCUCCGGCCUCUCUGCUCUGCUCGUAAUUCUUAAACCCUCGCAGCCUCGCGAAUCGCGCCGUCGCCGACUCAACGCCGUCCAGCCGGUCCAGGUCAAGCCGCAGCCCAACAGCAUAGGAGAAAAUGGCAAUUCCGCUCAAUCCAGCAGUACUAGCAUUCCCAGCAGAUGUAAAGCCCUCAUCUUUCGCCUCUUUUUCGUGGGCCUUCAAAUCCUCAACCCCGCCGGAUCAGGUCCUUAGAGGCACGAGGAGCUUGGUCUUAAGGGCUUCAUCGGUCGUGGUAGAACAGCAGGCCCAGAAGACAAAGGUUUCUAUCGUCAGAAUCGGGACUAGGGGAAGUCCACUUGCCCUUGCUCAAGCAUAUGAGACACGAGAUAAACUAAUGGCCUCACAUCCUGAGCUGGCUGAAGAAGGUGCCAUUGAAAUAAAAAUCAUAAAAACAACAGGCGAUAAAAUACUGUGUCAGCCACUUGCAGAUAUCGGUGGGAAAGGCCUGUUUACUAAAGAAAUCGAUGAGGCCCUUAUUAAUGCAGAAAUUGAUAUUGCUGUUCAUUCCAUGAAAGAUGUUCCAACAUAUCUUCCUGAUAAGACAAUUUUACCCUGCAACCUUCCUCGUGAGGAUGUUCGAGAUGCGUUCAUUUCUCUGAGCGCUGCUUCUCUUGCAGAGCUUCCCACAGGAAGCACUAUUGGGACCGCUUCAUUAAGGAGAAAGUCGCAGAUACUUCACCGCUAUCCAUCACUCAAGGUGCUUGAGAACUUCAGAGGCAAUGUUCAGACACGGCUAAGAAAAUUGAACGAUGGGGUAGUUCAGGGAACAUUACUGGCAUUAGCAGGUCUGAAGCGCCUUGAUAUGUCCCAAAAUGUUACUUCCAUUCUGCCUAUAGAGCACAUGCUUCCGGCUGUUGCUCAGGGAGCUAUAGGAAUUGCCUGUAGAAGUGAUGAUGAGAGAAUGGCCAGUUACAUCGCCUCGUUAGAUCACGAGGAAACCCGACUUGCAGUUGUUUGUGAGAGGGCAUUUUUGAAGACAUUAGAUGGAUCUUGUCGAACUCCAAUCGCUGGGUAUGCCCAUCGUGGGAAGGAUGGAGAUUGCAUUUUCAAGGGUUUGGUGGCCUCCCCAGAUGGAACUCGAGUACUUGAAACCUCAAGAAAAGGGUUGUAUACAUUUGAUGAUAUGGUUCGUAUGGGCGUGGAUGCUGGCAAGGAGCUCCUCUCGCAGGCUGGCCCGGGAUUUUUUGGUAACUAAGUUGUUUCUGGAAGUCAAACACAAGGGAGUUUGUGGGUAUAUGUACCAGUAAUAGGUAGGCUUCACUGAAAUGUUUCAUUAGAUUCUUGUUUUACUUAGAAGGGGAGGGAACCUUGGCCACAAAUGUGAGUCCUCUCAAAGCGCGCUCACAUUAUACCGUUAUGGUGGGACCCUUCCUCUCCCCAGACUCUCAGCGCGGGUGUCGUGUAAACCGAAUGAGCCUUAAUCCUUGUUUUAAUUAGUAAGCAUGCAUUGUGUUGUAUUAAAAGUUUAAAAACUGAAUGAGCUUUUAUGCCAUUGUUGUAUCAUCUCAUUAUUUUUCAAUUUUGUGACACUAAAUUUGCAGUCUUUAU